AUGGACAGCGAGUGCGCAGCUUUGCUACCGCUCGUUUUAAGCGUUUUGGCAGAUCCGAAACAGUCUCUCCCAGAUGACACGUCUUUGGAGAAGCUCCUGGAUUGGUUCAGAGAGCUGAUUGGUCGAAACGAUGGGCUGUCAUUUCUGCAGCAACAGACCUGUGUCUUGGAGUUCAUAUCCAAUGUGUGCAAGUCUGAGACUACAGAUCCCACAAUGCUCUCCUUUACAUUCAAACUCACUGGGCUUCUGGCAGUUAAUGAAAAUAAUUACAGAGUGCUGCAGGAGAGAGGUGUAUUGGUGUGUGUGUUUGAGAGCUGGAGUGUGUCUGAUAUGUGGGACAAUGCAACAAUACGUAGUGGGUGGCUACAGGGCCUCAGUAAUAUGCUUCAACAUCAGAGUGCAAUGGACUUCAUCUGUAAGACCGGGCUUACUAGACUGAUCCUCCAGUUACAGGCCGACAAGAGCCUCUUUGUUUCUACCCUGGCUCAUCAGCUUUUAGCCCGAAUCUUAAGCUUUCACGAGACCCGAGAACCCAUAAACGACAGCGACGUGGACCCGGGGCUUGCCGUGUCCGCAGAGAACCGUGAUUGGACCUCCGUUACCAUGGAGAUCGUGAAUCACGUGUUUAAAACGCUGGCCUCAGACUCACACAAUCAGGUUCUCCAAGGCUUAAGGCUGCUGACGUUAACUAUCCCCCACUGUCAGGCACCUCUCAGAGGCAUGCUGUGGAGAGGAGCCCUGGGUCCCCUGGAGGUCUUAGUAAACGCUGGAUCCUCCUCCUUAACACAGCCUAUUAUGGAGCUCCUUCAGACUGCUGCAAGGACCUCUCUCCUCAGUCAAUCAGAAAACAGAAUAGAGGAACUCAUGGAAGCCGUGUUGUCUGGGGGAAGCCUAAGAACUGCUGUAAUGUGUGCUAUGGCCAUAGUACAGUUGGAGAACUGCUCAGAGAAUUUGAAGAGGAAAGCAACCAAAGUCAUACUCCAGCCACUGCAGUGUCUCACUGAAUGGCCUGUGUCAUCACAGGACGCAGGUGACACUGAUGAGAUGCAGUAUGCUGAUUUGGUCCUGGAGCUAAAGCACAAAGCCUCAUUCAUCUCCCUUCUGUCUCUGUGUCUGUCCUGUGUAGCAGACCUCAUACAGACAGAAUCUGCCUUUGUGGAUGUCCACUUACAGCUGGUAACUCACUCUGUAUUGGCACUCCUGAGAAUAUGUCUUGGAGAAAACCCUGCCCCUUCUCCGUGUAGCAGGGCUGCAGCGCAUCUGAUUGGUUGCUGCAAAGUUCAGAGGUGUGGCCUGGACACGCUGGCAUGUCUCAGUACCUGUGAGAGUAACGUGAGUCCAGAGCUGAGGUCAGAUGCUUUCAGAGUUCUACUGCAGUACCUCCAACACCCUGAUCCAGACGCUACAGUGCUGAAGAAAGCCCUUCAGGCCACUCUGAGGUGGACUUGUGUGUGUUCACACUCUCCUGAUGUGUGGAGUUUUAUUCAUCAAGAUCUGUUUCCUGUGUUAAAGAAACGUGUGUGUGACGUUCGAUGGGAGGUCAGAGAUUCCUCUCUGGAGUUCAUCACCCAACUCACCUCACAUUUCACAGAUAACAGCAGUUAUAGAAAAGUGCUUGAGAGCAGUGGACUGGUGUCUCUCGUACAGUCCUCUCUGUCAGACUCUGAGGCCUAUGUUCGGGCCAGUGCUGUAUCUGCCAUGGGACAGCUAUUGACCUCUUUCAGCCAGCAGGGGGAACCGCUCAACAAUAUGGCCAGCCUGCAGGAACAGGCAGUGACCUGUUUGGUAGACAUUUUGGGUCAGGACACAGAGGGCUUCCCGCGACGAGCGGUCGUUAAAGUCUUCACAACGUGGCUCACGCAACCGCUUCCCUUCCCAGAGCUAGACCAGUCCCUCAGCACCGUUCUGCUACUGGGUGGAGAUGACUUUGACUGGGAGGUAAAGUUUUACACUCUGGAGCUGGCAGAAGUUCUGAUGGAGAAAAUGCUGAGUCAGUGUCCGUACGCAGCGGACGUCUGCGCCUCUACAAAGAAGACACGGUUGACACGGGGUCUGUGCAAGCUGAAAGAGCUUGGCGUUUUUGGCGUUCUCUUUAAAGGAUUGUUUGACUGUGACAGACCAGUUUCUCAGAAAGCCUGUGACUUACUGCUGAGGCUUAGAGAGGUUAUGAGCGAGACACAACCCCUGGGAGACCAUUCUCUCAUCUUUGAAAUCCAAGGACAACUUUGGGAUAAAGAGAUACUCCAGAGACACCUUGAGAAACAAAUGAUGAGGAAAACCGAACAAUCAAAUGAAAGGUUGAAAUCGUCCAGAAGGCUCGAAGACACGGACACGGCACUCGACCGUGACUCAAAGGAACCUGUGGAUGACGUGACUGAGUCUCCCGCGGAGACUGAAAAUGAUGAAUGUGACCGGUCGGAAAAGGCCAACACUUGCACGCCCAACCGUCUGAGAGAAAUGAGCCUGGCCGACAUGCUUAGGUCCGUGGAUCUGGAGGAGAUGCAGCGUACUUUGAGCCUGAGUAGCGAUCACAUGGUGAAUUCAGCCAAGUCUCUGAUGGAGGACAUCCUAUCAGUUGCACAGCAGGCUGAAGAGAACACUGUAGAUUGUUACUGAUGUCAAAACAAAUGAUCUUACAUAAACCUUUUUAAAUCUCUCACACUCUCUCAAACUCACGUGGUCAGAGGCUAAAGAGUUUCGCUACCUUCUAGUCUCUGGUACAUUCCGCCAUUCGGAAGAG